UUCAAAAUGCUGAAGAUCGUGCUGGCCGUGUGUCUGCUGCAGGUGGCUCUCUGCUGGGAGGACUGGGAGAAGAUGAGCGAACCCGAGGACAAGAAACACGCCUGGAUGAUGAUGAUGAUGAAGGGCUGGAGCGCCCACGACAUGGGAGAUCACUCUAAAUGCGAACACAAGAUGGAGGAGGGCUCGGGCGACAAGAAGGACAUGAUGAUGCACUAUCAGUACAUGAUGAUGAAGAAGAAGAAGGAAGAAGCCAAGAAGGAAGAGUUCAUGAAGUUCAUGAAACACUACAAGGAAAUGAAGGAGAAGCACGAGUGGGAGGACAAGCAGAAGGCGAUGGAGCUGUUCAAGAAGAAGAUGAUGCUGAAGGAGAAGACCGACCAGCUGGGGGAGGUGGAGGAAAUGAUGAAGUCGUUCAUGGAGAAGAAACACAAGUUCGUCUUCACCCUCACCAGCAACUUCCUCAAACUCUGCAAGUGCAGUGACGUCACCGCCCAGAUCACCAGGUUCUUCAGUAUGGGCGCUAGUACAGGCGACAUGAUCGGCGACAUCAUCAGCCCUGAAGCUCUUCAGGCGAUGGAAUCCGGCGACAACGUAGAGCUCGCCAAAAUCAUCCACAAGAUGUCGCACGACGAGCAGAAGGCGAUUUUCUUCAAGGGCCUCAUCAAGUCCAUGUGCGCAGGCGCGAAGACCUUCGUGCGGUUCACCAAACAGUUCGAGGAGACGUACAUGAAGGCCAAUAGUACAGCAAUGCCAUGAACUCUAUUUUCAUUACAAUCUUUUUAAAGUGCGGCCAGCUUUUAAAAACAAGUCUCAUACAAACAAUAUUUGCUGUAACUAACAAUGGGACAGUGGAUCCAUUAUUUUAAUUUACGGGCCUGCAAUUACAUUUUAGUUUUUAGUUUUUAAUUUUUAAUUAUUCUGUGUUUCUCUUACUCCUGUCUGUCUGUCGUGUGUCUCUGUGUGUGUUCGUCUGUAUUAAAAAUACAGUUCGCAGUUCAGUCUGUUGACACCAUGUGGUUUGAUAGAUGCAAUGAAUUGAAAGAAAAUUACCCGAGUUGUGACAUUUCUUUUCUCUCUAUUAUUUUCUUUUCGUUUUUAAUAUCCAAUUAUUAUUCUUUUGCACGUAAUAUUUUAAAGUUAUAUACUUUUUAUUCCUUAAAUCCAUCAAGGAAUAUGCAGACAAAUAAAAACCAUUUUCU